GCCUAUUUGACAUCAAAAUUGAAAUUCAAAGACCGUUUGACUCAUUUCAAUGGCUUCAUCAUCACUCUCUUCUUCGUCCCUAAAAUUGAAUCACCUAAGAACACUGUGUUAUCAUUUAAAGCAAAAUCGAUGCUAUUCAAAGUUGAACCAUUCAUCAACAUCAUCAGAGUUAGACAAAGUUUCUGACGAUGUACCAACUUCAGGAAUUUGCAGACCUUUGUCCGAAAUACUGAAGGAGCUGAACAAGAAAGUUCCCGAUUCCCUCGUCAAAACUCGCAUUGAGAAAGAUGGGUUUCAUAUUAGAUACAUUCCUUGGCACGUUGUGAACCGUGUUUUGAAUUUGCACGCUCCAGAGUGGUCUGGUGAGGUUCGGAAUAUCACCUAUUCUGCUGAUGCCAAGUCUGUUUCUGUGGUUUACCGAGUUACUCUUUAUGGGACUGAUGCCGAGAUAUUUAGGGAAUCAACUGGUACUGCUUCAAUAGAUGAUACAAGCUAUGGAGAUCCAGUACAGAAGGCAGAAGCAAUGGCUUUUCGAAGAGCUUGUGCGCGCUUUGGGCUGGGGCUCCACCUUUAUCAUGAAGAGUCCUCAUAAUCAAGCAGUUCUGCUUCUCAGGUUAAUUGCCAUUGUUUCUUUUUGGAUUUUAACCUAUGAUUAUGCUAAUUUGAAACAAGAUCAUAUGGUUAGUUAUUACUAUAUAUAGAUCAGCAAAACCUUAGAAGCAUUUUUUGUUAUGUUAGGAUAUGUUCUAUCUAUUAAAGUUCAUGAUAGACAUUAUAGUAUAGUGCUUACUCCAUCUGGUAGGAAAAGACUUUGGUUGUUGUAGUUUUCUGGUUGUAUGACUCUAUCGUAUGAUAUUUGGGGAGAAUUGAUGCACUGUUGUACUUGAUUAA